AAAAAAAACACCCAAUAUAUUCGCAAGAUCAAGCCGACGGUGAUGGACACAUUCAGGUGCAAGAAGAGCGCCCCCAUCAUUCUAGCCUUGGAAGAGGAACACUAAAAAUACGUGGACGUCGCCCAGCAGCAAGAGAUGACCGUUUCACCUGCACCCUACAAGGCGUGUGUCCUGGUGAUGAUGCUAAAGGAGUCGGACGUGGGCGGCGCCAACAAGAAGGCGCUGGAGGGGCUCGACCAGAGGAUGCAGCAUCGCGGGAUCAUCGAACUGGAGUCGGAGUUCCAGCUAGUGGCGAUCGAGAAGGCACUCGACAGCGACAUGCGCAAGCUGAACGUGGUCAUGGUCCUGUCCCCCGCGCACCCGCUGAUCAUCAGUGCCAUGAAGCAGUUGGAGUUCCUACACUCGUAUGCCCCCGCGCCGCCUGGGUACAUGGAACGCCAGCUGUCGAAUUGGAUUCAGGAGUGAAGUCAGUGAGAUCGAUGUCGGCA